AUGAGAGCUUCUUCGCACACCUGGGAAAUCCCAGCAAAGAUGGCCCUUCUAAUGUUCCCAAUGCUGCCUGUCCAAGCAUCAGUAGAGAGCCCGGGUCUCCUCCCAACACCACCAAUGGGCUUCAACAACUGGUCGCGUUUCCAAUGCGAGCUAAACGAGACGCUCUUCACCGAAACAGCGCAAUCAAUGCUAACCCGUGGCCUCCGCGACGUAGGCUACAAUCGUCUCAACCUGGACGACUGUUGGAUGCGCUACGAUCGCGCUGCCGACGGCUCGCUACAGUGGAAUACCACCAAGUUCCCGCAUGGCAUUCCCUGGCUUGCCAGCUAUGCGACCGAGCACGGCUUCCACCUGGGUAUCUAUGAAGACGCUGGCAACGAGACUUGUGGCGGCUACCCGGGCUCCUACGGGCACGAAAAGCAGGACGCCGAGACCUUCGCUAGCUGGGGCAUCGACUACCUCAAGCUGGACGGGUGUAAUGUCUGGGCUGAGGAGGGCCGCUCCUUGCGAGAGGAGUACCGGCUCCGCUACGGAGAAUGGCACGAUGUUUUGAGUGCUAUGCCGCAACCUCUGAUAUUCUCCGAGUCUGCACCGGCUUACUUCGCGGACAAUGCUUCCGACUGGGCUGUGGUCAUGGAUUGGAUCCCAGAGUAUGGCGAGCUGGCGCGCCACUCGACUGAUGUGCUUGUCUAUGUCGGCGAGGGAAGUGCUUGGGAUAGUAUUAUGAAUAAUUACGAUUAUAAUACCCUUCUCGUGCGCUACCAGAAACCGGGCUAUUACAAUGAUCCGGAUUUCUUGAUCCCUGAUCACCCGGGUCUGACACAGACAGAGAAGAAAUCCCACUUCGCGCUCUGGGCAUCCUUCUCCGCGCCGCUGAUUAUCAGUGCUUAUAUUCCGGAUCUGUCAGAUGAGGACAUUGCCUUCCUUAGCAACAAGGCUCUCAUCGCGGUGAACCAGGAUCCACUGGCUCAGCAAGCCGCCUUGGUUAGUCGCGACGGCACCUUCGACGUUCUGUCCCGCUCUCUAGUAAACGGGGAUAGACUGCUGACCGUGCUAAACCGCGGGGCUGUCACAGCCAAGACGACUAUCUCCCUCGCGAGACUUGGGCUAUCCCAGUCCAACUGCCAAUAUCAAGCUCGGGAUCUUGUUACUGGGAAGGUUUCGACUGCACAUGGUGCUAUCGAGAUCCAGCUCGACUCUCAUGCUACCAGUGUUCACCGCAUCGCGCUGCCUAAACGUUGCUCUACUACUACUCCCACAGGCAUGGUCUUCCAUACUCCGUCUGGUCUCUGCAUGACCGCUUCUUCUGGAAAUACUGUUACCUUUGAAGCGUGCAAGGCAUCUGAUUCUCAGGUCUGGAGUGUGGCUGCUAAGGGUGGUAGCAAGCUGGAGUUGAGCCCUUUGUCGGAUAACUCGGUAUGUCUUACUGCUCAAAAGGGUGCGGUUUCUCUUGCCAAAUGCGGUGGCUCUGGAAAUACCUGGCAGCAUUUUAUAACAGGUCAUCUGAGCAAUACGCGCGGUGGCUGCUUGACUGGAGAGUCAGGCAAAGGCGCUGUUCAGGCUUGUGUGGUUGAUAAUGCCGCACAAAUCUUUGGGUUGCCCAGUGGUGUCAAGCUUGCUGAUGGAGCGCCUAGGUGGUUUUCCUAA